AUGUUUGAACAUGUUGCGAACGAAAAAGAGCUUGCGCGCGCUGCCGGAGGAGAGUUCAGCAUAGCCGAUGCAAUAGAUCCAGCCAAGCUAUUCCGGCACUUUGAGUCCAAUUUCACCGUCGACAAAUUUGAAUCGGUCUUCUUUUGGGCUAAGCCUAUUCUCGAUUACGACAAGAGCUCUCCUUUAAGACAGUGGUACAUUCGGUCGAUUUAUGCCAACCUUGCUGCCCAAAUAAAGCUAUGCCAUGAUUUCGAUCCGAAAGAAGAGGCAGAAAAACAGGAGUACGCGAAGAACCAAGUACUUACCUUCUGGAACUCCCUUGCAAAGCAUCCUCAAUAUAGCGAUGUGGAUAGAGGCUGUUUCGCACAGAAAUCUGUGUCUCGCAAGAGAAAACGGCCGCAGGAUAAAGCACAGGUCGACAUCAAUGCUCUUGUCCAGACAGGCGCCCCCCGUCCAGCGAAGACAACGGCCAGCACCACCGACUAUUAG